AUGGAAGAUGGAGAUAACUUAAGAAAUUGUGGCACUAAUUAUGCAAGCAUGAAUUACAGAAGUGAAGGUUGUAAGAUUCAAUCCAAUUUAAAUAAUUCUAGUAAUGUUAUUAGAAAUAGUACUAGCAACCAUGUUAUUAAUCAGGUUAAUCAUUUGACAAACAAUUAUCCUAAUAAUUCUAGUAACAAUACUGUAUAUAGUGUAAACACAAAUAUAUUUCAUAUUAAUAAUUCAUUAAGGGAAAUAUUGGCUCGUAUUUUACCUGGGGAAAGCCUGGAUAAAGCUCUUUAUCUGGUUUCUUCGGUAUUAAAUAACAAUAUCACUCCAAAUAAUUUUAGACUUCAUUUAAUGCAUUUAUUAAAAAAUAUUCAGUUGGUUGAAAUGGUAGAGAAUACUGUAUAUCCAUAUUUAUCUCACUACUCGUCUACUAUUACAAAGAAUGGUAACCAAUAUAUCAGUGACACUACUCUGUCAAAUCAAGCUGUGGGGAUAUCGCAAGAUAUGACUAAUCAAAAUAUUACUUCAUCCGGACCUACAUCUUAUAUGCAUAAUACUAAAAAAACAAUAAGCCGUCAUGGAGGAUAUUACAACAUGCAAGCUAAAGAGGAUAUACUUCUGCAAAUAUUGAACCAUGUACUUAAACGAAAUGUACCUGCGAUUGUUGGUGUUGAUUUAACAGGUCCUUCAAAUAAUUACUUAAAUAUAGAUAUACCUGAGAUAUCAAAUAAACUAUCUUCAAAUAAUACAAAUGACAUUUCUAAAUGGAUAGGAAAAUUGGAACUUUAUUCUAAUAAUAUUAUUAUUAAGGAAUAUACUUAUAAGACCUUUAAAGGUGGUGGAGAUUUUUUUACUGAAAGUUAUUUGUUACUUUCCUCAACAAAGAAAAUGAAAACUACACUUUUUAGUGACAAUGCUGCUAAAACAAUGUAUCAAUUACUGAGUGUAUAUGUGAAGCAGUUUGUAAAGUCUGUUCUUUAUGAAGAAGAACUUUCUAUGAUGGAUAAUACAAAUGAUAACUUCCCUGGUUCUCUAGAUAAAGGUAAAGGUAAAGGUAAAUCUUUAGGUGGAAAUAAGGGAUUUGGUAUAGAUAAAAGUAUGAUAUCUUCCCCGAUAAAACCAAUUAUGAUUACAAAUUUAUGGUCAUGUCUUUAUAAAUCUCUGCUAUAUUCUAUGCAGAAACAAUACCCUUAUUGUAAAUAUAAAUUACGUGAGAUUAAAUCCCACUUAAUUUUAUCUGAUAUAGGUUUAAACAAUCCAAGUUACAUUGUAAUACCUGAAAGUUUACACAGACAUAUUGAAUCUUUGAUACUUUCAAAUGCGUACAAUCAAUGGGAGAAGUUAAGUAUAUUAUAA